AUGAGAGUGCAGAAGCCUGCAGUUAAAGAGAAUAGUAACUCAUCUCCCAAGUUAGCCGCACGCUCAUGCCUAGCGUGUCAUCGGCGCAAGGUCCGUUGUGACCGAGCAGUGCCAUGCACGAAUUGUUCCAAAUGCAAUUGUGCCUGCAUCUAUCCCACCAAAAAUCACGACGAGCAGAAGAGUCCAACAUUGCAACGUAUAUCUGAUCGCCUCGAAAGAUUGGAAACUCUUCUCUCGCGUCUUGUCGAUCCUCGUGGGUCCGCAACCUCUAGUGCCGAGCAUCAAGUCCAGCAUGCGCCAAAUUUCCCAUCGGGUCAACGAGAGACGUGGGAGCUUUUGUUAAACGAUGGAAAUAAUGUGCAAUAUGUUAAUAAUUCAAACUUGAAGGACCUACUCCAGACUGAAGAGCGUAUCAAAACCCAGAGCGUCUCAAAUCCUGCAACUACGCCACAGCAGCAGAGAUGCGUCGGUGAACAAGCUUCAUCAUCGCAGGACCCCUGCUCAAUAGUCUCUUCUAAUGUGCUUGAAUUCUAUCCGGAUUCCCACCUAGCUCUUCAGCUUUGGGCACUUUAUGUCAAGUCUGUUGAUCCAGUCCUCAAGAUUCUACAUAUACCGACAAUCCAGUCCGCCGUCAUAGCUACAAUUCUGGACCCUAAGUCUGCCAACUUGUCGAUGGUUGCUUUGACUUUUGCAAUAUAUUUUGCUGCGGUCACAACACUGGGACAUUGCGAUGAGCCAAUUGAACUUCCCGUGGAGAGAUCAAUACUUCUCAAGCACUACAAGGCCGCGCUUGAUCAACUUCUCCUCGUGACAGAGGUGAUGAAUCGACCCGACAUUACAGCUUUACAAGCCCUUGCAAUUUAUACAACAUGUCUACGGGUUCAUGAGACAGGUCGCGGUGCAUGGGUUCUAAACGGUCUCACAAUCAGACUAGCCCAGUCAAUAGGUCUGCAUCGAGAUGGUGCCUCUCUCCACCUAAGUCCAUUCGACUCAGAGAUACGCCUGCGUCUUUGGUGGCAUCUGUGUGUACUGGAUUCCCGAGCACCGGAAGAUCAAGGAUUCGAGCUCACCAUCGACGUUCUCAACUGUGGAUUGCGUCUCCCUCUCAAUGUGGAUGAUAACCAACUAUUUCCGAACAUGAAACAACUACCGGUGGAGUCUCUCGGCUGGACAGAGAUGUCCUUCUCUCUUAUCCAGACUGAGUCCUGUCGGUUGUUGAACCCAGUCCUCGGCACUCGUGAAAAUUCCACCUCAACCGCGCCAUCAGAUCUGACUGCGAAGAGACAGAUAAUUGAAGAGCGUACCCGUUAUGUAUCGUCCAAAUAUGCCAUUUCUGCAACCACCGACCAACUUCCAUUGAUUGCAAUGCAGCAUUUCACUACAGCUCGCAAGAAGAUGGAGUUCAUGCUUCAACUCAGAGAGGAGAUUGAUAGCCAGAACAGAGAUGGAACACAUGAUUAUCCUGAUGUGCUGAGGCCAUCAUUCAAGCUUGCAUGCGAUGGUCUGGAGAGUAGCAUUCGCGUGACAAAGGGAGGUCUCUCCCAAGGACACAAGUGGCUCUUCACCACCUAUACCCCGUGGUAUGCUCUAGCCUAUGUUCUGCGUUGUCUGAGCAAUAGUCCAUGUGGACCCAGCACAGACCGUGCCUGGGCUUUGGUCGAGGAAGCUUUCCCUCGAGAACUCGGUUUCAAUAAGCUUUCUGUCCGCGAAGACGGACAUGGUAGUAUUUGGAAGUGUCUUGUACUGCUCCGACAUCAAGCCCUAGCGGCAAGGAACGCCCAAUUAUUCACAGACACAGCUCUGAGGUCCACUGAUUCUGUUACUACCCAAGACAAAUUUCGGGGCCUUGGAGAGAUCGAGCCUCAGCCCGGAUGUGAGGCUGUUACAUCGACUUUGUCGGAUGAUGGAAUGGCUUUUGGGCAGGAUCUCAUUCCUGGUUCGGAUCAAACCUUCUUUUCAUCCUUAGACUUUUCGAUGUCUGGGGUACCUUAUCUGCCGGAGUGGAAUGCAGUGAUUCAUGGGUCGUUGGAGGAUGGGAACCACUCGGGCAUGAUUGACUGA